GAGCUUGUGAUGUAUAAGAAGACAUCAUAUCCAACUAAGAAGGAUUCCGCACACGCCUCAUGGGGUCGGCGGAUUGGUGGUGCCCUGGAUACAGAUCUGUGGAUGGCGACUGCAACACUGUGUUCUCAACUGCAAUUACAAACACCACAGGCGAGUGGAUAUUGUACGAUGUCCUUAGCGACACUGUACCUGUGGCUGGAGUUGACAUAUACCCUGGUGAGGAUGACAGCGCGAUGGCAUUGUUCACAGUAGAUUGCAGCAGCGACGGCAGUUUUUGGUACCAGGUAGGAAGUUUUGAGUCGACUUUCAAGUCCCUUUUGCCGUCGCAUGAGAGUUGUGAUUACAUGCCGUUUGAGCGUUUCACUUUUCAUCCCACCCGCGCGCGUUUUUGGCGGCUCAACAUGGUGUCAAACCAGGGAGGCACUUGCGAUUCUGGCGAACUUUGGAAGUGUGACGCCAUUGCUGUUCGAGAAGUUCGAUUCUUGACUGCAGUGAUGCCUACUUCGAUGUUGCACACCACCUCUGCAAGCUCCACGACGCCGCACACGACCUCUGAGACUUCCACGACGCCGCACACGACUACUUCCUCACUGACUACCAUUUCUUGUAAGUGGACGGCUAGUGGAGCGCUCCAGUUCAAUACCGUUCUUACGCUCUUCUCGUUGAGUGCAGAUACAGUCGAGGCGAAUGGAGAUGUGACUUGUGUUCAUGCAGGGCUUGGUGGUGAUGUCGAAAUUAGCUUGGAGUACGCAACAAACAACGGGUUGAUAGACUGUCCAUUUCCACCAAGUUGCAAUGUGUUUGGGAAAUCGUACACGUUCGUCGCGUAUGGUGGUUCGUGUUCAGCUCUUGGCCUCGUGCCAGUGGUCACUCAACGCGAAUGUUGGGAUGCAGUUCGUGACGUGUUUCCGGCAACUUGUGCGACCCCUUCUUCACCCUGCAUUGCCGAUGUUUGUGGGGAUCUUGGUUGGUGCGAAGGAUUUCUGUCCGUCCUGCAGGAUGUUAUGGCCGUUCGUGGAGCAACCACCCGUUUCAAUUCUAUUUCAAUUCAUAUACAGCCGACCAGGGAAUUCUCAUCCAAGGGAACACAGGUUGGGGCUACAUGUGCGUUGCCCCGCCGACCACCACCACCGAGUCAGCCACGAGCUCUGCCACCUCCGUCAGCAGCGCCGCUCCCGAGAUCGCGGCGGCCGCAAGUACCUCGAGCAGCACCAUCGGCGAGACGGCAACGACCUCCACUGCAUCAAGAACCGCCGUCAACACCGAGAUGACCGCGGGUCCCACCACAUCGGCCAGCGUCGACGAUACCGAGGUGUCCAGGGGCUCGUUCACCUCACGCAGCAGCACCACCACCAGUAAGCCGCAAGUGUUGGAGCAGGAGCAAGGUUUAGAUGCAUCGACGAUUCCCGUCGUGAUCAUCAUGAGUGUUUGCUUCGCCUGCGGCACAACAUGUGCCCUGGUGUGCUGGUUUCGGCGACGGCCUGUUAGCCGUGACCAGGGCCAUGUUAACGACGGAUUGUUAGCCGUUAGCGUAGAGGAGACAAUUAGUAGUAUUCCUGAGAGUAUGGAAUUCUGGCUCCUCCCCGUGCAGAAAAUCAUGGAAAUGUCACCGGACACGCCCCUCCCGCGUCAUCAGGUGUGUCGUGACAUGGGAAUGUUGGUCAAGCGGAGGAUGCACAUCGAUGACGUUUGGUCGGGGCAAUACUCAGUGGACAUGGCGGCAGUUUCUCAUCGUUGGCCAGUGCCCGAGCACUUCGACCCAGAAUGCAUGAAAUUGCGUAAAUUGCAGGACAUAUUGAAAGAUAAGCCGUCAAUACAGUUUCUAUGGAUCGAUUGGGUUUGCGCACCUCAGUGGCAUGGCGGUGGACGGAGCGAUGAGGAAGAGGCUGAGUUCAGGAUGAUAUUGGAGAAUAUAUUGCCUUACAUCUUCCUCGGGUGCAGGGUGAUUGUCUUGUACGAGCGGAUCUACAACCAGCGGUUUUGGCCAAAUGUGGAGUGCUGGAUUUCCACCAAGAUGGCGACAGAGCAUGGGCUAGUGCCAGCUAGCGAGGAUCGCCUCCGAGUACUGGUCUAUGGCAUCUACUCUGCGAGCGGGAAGGAUGCAGAGAGCAUGGCACAGGUGCUCGAGUUCUGGCACGAAACUGAUACGCCAGAAGCAAUCGCUACUCUUUCGCAUGAUGACAUCCUUGUCACGAAUGCGAAGGACAAAGAGAUCAAUCUGAAGGUAAUUGCGUCCUUAGACGAACAGAUCCAGCACCGCUUCGCUGGACACAGAGAUCAAUCUGAAGAGAAAUGCGUCGAUGGACAAUCAAAUCUGGCACCGCUGCACCCUGGAAGUCAAGUCGUGUGAUAUUUGGUUCCCGCCUCAGCAAUGGCCACUCGGCUGUGGCGAUGUAUCUCAUGAUUUGUUCCCGCGUCAGCACCUCCGUUGAGUUGCACUGAUGCGGUAUGCAAAAUGAGCAUGGUUGAUUAUCUUGCGGCAGUUGAUUAUCUUUUGCACGGUCCCCGUUAUGCCAGGGGGUAAUGUGUGUGUGCGCAUGUCUAUGUUUCUUUGCACUCGUUUUUCUUCUGCGCUACUAGCGGCAUGGCGAAGGGGUGAGCCUCCAAAUGCUGCAAGGUUCUCAUGUACGAGGUUGCGUGCAAAACGACCGGCUGCAGUGAGCUGAUAGUAAAGCUGAUAGUUCUUUGGAAUCAGCAUGCCAGUUUAGUUAUGUGGGAGUGAUUGUUUUACUCCAGAACUCACAUAAUUGGUACUGUGGAGCAGUCAAGACCGCCGUCUCAUCGCGAUCUGGCGGGCGCAGGGUGGCGAGCACUGCCCCCCAGACGCAAGCACACGGGAUCGGCUGGGAGGACUCUGCCCAGGGAGCCGAUGCCAUGAUCUCUGCCGCACGCGGCCCCUGGAAGCAUCGACCCACUCCCCAGGACCUCCUCCUCCUCUUCCUCCUCCUCCUGCUCCUCCUCCUCCCGCCUC